GCAAGCAAUGGAGGAUCCUCUUCCUCUUCAUAGUUGUCAUGUCCAAAAGUCUUGCAUGAUCAUUAAUCGCUUCUAUAUUUUUGUCCAUGGUACUGCUUUAUUAGCCUUGUUAUACUACAGAGUUUCAUCCCUCCUGGAAAUAAUAUUAGCUGAAAGCAGGGAACUGCCAUACUUUGUCUCUUAUCUUCUGGUCUUUGCUUCUGAGCUCGUACUAUCUUUUCUUUGGUUUCUCUCCAUAUCAUAUCGAUGGAGGCCAGUUUCACGUAGCGUAUUCCCAGAAAGACUACCGGAGGACCAAAAACUUCCAGCGAUCGAUGUGUUUAUAUGCACUGCAGAUCCUGAAAAAGAGCCAAGUGUGGAAGUGAUGAAUACGGUCAUCUCAGCAAUGGCACUGGAUUAUCCUCCAGACAAGCUUCAUGUCUACCUUUCGGACGAUGGGGGCUCUCCUGUGACUCUUGGUGCCUUGAGGGAAGCCUGGAAAUUUGCACGCUUUUGGCUUCCAUUCUGCACUAAAUAUGGGAUCAAAACUAGGUGCCCUGAAGCUUAUUUUUCAAAAGAUGAUGAUUGUGAUGGGAGCCUAAGCAGGAGCAGUAGUAUUGAGUUCAUAGAUGACAAGAAAGAAAUUCAGAAACAAUAUGCUGUGUUCAAGGAACGCGUGCUACGGAUUCAAGAAAAUACAAGCACUGCCAGUAAGGAUCACCCUCCUUCUAUUGAGUUAAUCAAAGAUGCAGAUGAUGAUAGGGCAAACCAAGCAGAAAUGCCCCUUCUCGUUUAUGUAUCUCGUGAAAAGAGGCCUUCUCAUCCUCACCGUUUCAAAGCUGGAGCCCUCAACGUCCUUCUUCGAGUGUCUAGCAUGUUAAGCAAUUCGCCAUACAUACUAAUCUUAGAUUGUGACAUGUACUGCAACGAUUCAAGCUCAGCUCGACAAGCUAUGUGCUUUCACCUUGAUAAAACAAUAUCUCCCAAGCUAGCAUAUGUCCAGUUUCCUCAGAAGUUUCAUAAUAUCAGUUCCGAAGAUAUCUAUGACAGUCAGCUUAGACUCUGCUUUUCGCAUAUGUGGUAUGGAGCGGAUGGGCUCAAGGGACCAACGUUCACUGGCACCUGCUUUUACAUGAAAAGAAUGGCGCUUUAUGGAACUUCCCAACUUCAAAAGGAUGCUAAUUUGGCCCAGCUUCAAAAAGUUUUUGGUCCAUCAAAUGAUUUCAUCAUAUCUAUCUACCAGAAAAACCACACCAACGGAAGAGAGUUUUUUAGUACAGCGCUCAAAGAGAUGGAUCUUUUAGCUUCUUGUUCCUAUGAGAAAGACACGGAAUGGGGAGAAGAGAUAGGCUUCAGGUACCUUUCUGUAGUGGAAGAUUUCUUCACAAGCUUCAUGUUACAAUGCAAAGGUUGGACUAGUGUCUAUAUUAAUCCACCAAAACCAUCAUUUUUGGGUUCAGCCACUACAAAUCUAAGUGAUUAUUUGGUUCAGCACACGCGAUGGUAUACCGGUUUGGUUGACAUAGUUCUCUCGAAAUAUUCUCCUCUGAUUUAUGGUGCACCAAGAAUGUCCAGUAUUCUACAGUGUAUGUAUAUCUCACACAUUGCAUAUUACUUUUUGAACUUCUUCCCCUUGUGGUGUUUAGCAAUCAUUCCCCAGCUCUGUCUACUGCAAGGGAUUCCUUUAUAUCCAGAGAUAUCAAAUCCAUUUUUCCUUGUUUUUGUAUUUGUAUUCCUCUCAUCAAAUCUCAAGGAUAUACAAGAAGUUCUAGCUGAUGGAUUUUCAAUUCGACCGUGGAUAUACGAUCAGAGGAUGUGGAUGAUAAGGUCAGUAGGAUGUUAUAUUUACAGCUUCUUAAAUGCAAUCCAAGUGAAAAUUGGUAUGAGAAAAGCAAGUUUCAAGCCUACCAACAAAGUAGCGGAUGAAGGACAAUUUAAGCGUUAUCUGUCAGGCAUAUAUGAUUUUCAAGCAUCGACCAUGUUCAUCGCUCCAAUCUGCACUUUGGUCAUUUUAAAUGUGACUUCCCUACUUCUAGGAGCCGUCAAGAUUGUUGUGACUGGAAACUACGAUGAGAUGUUUAUUCAAGCUUUCAUCUCAUUUUUCAUCGUAGCUCUGCAAUACCCUGUGAUUGAAGCAAUGUUCUUCAGGAAGGACAGUGGUCGUAUUUCUGAAUCUUCGGCUACUCUAUCAGCUCUGCUGGCUGCAAUUAUCUUGGUCAUUGGAUCUCUUUUAUUCAUGUACUAAUUCAACAGGCCGACAGCAUUAUGGAAAUUUGUCUAUUCUUGUGA